AUGGACUCGUUUAAUGGAUAUCGUUCGAAAGAAGAACCACUUUCUGAUCAACAGCUUAAAAGUAUUAUUACUCUUUUACAACGUAAAAAAGAACAGCCACAUGUCAAGGAAUAUACUAUGCAGUUCCUCGAAGAGGCACUACAUUAUGUUAUUAGAUGUCAUGAAGAAGACCCUUCAAGACAUUUGUUUUGCACCUCUAAGUUGACCGCUAUCACAAUUGAAAUGUUGCCAUUAUUUGCAAUACCAGAUCCAGAAUCUAAGAUUCUACAAUUUCGUCAGAUAAUUGAGGAAGAACUAAAACAAUGUUUCUUAUGCGUCGAAGUAUUCCAUACUGAACAAAAGCAACUCUAUCAAAGAUAUGUUAAAGUAUACUGCAACGAGAGAGAGUGUGUAGAUAAGUUCGUCUCGAAUUUAAAAAAAUGGAUCAAAUCAAGAGUAUUUUGUGAGCUAGAGAUGAUAAAACAAAAUUUGGGACAAGUGGGUCCGCUUCAGCUGAUAGGAUUGGAGAAUCCUCCAAAUGGUGCAAGAAUUACAACGGCUUUUUUAGAAGUACUUCUCGAUCCAUUGUUACUCAUAGGUUUGAAUAAUUUGUUCGUUGACAUUUUGCUACAUUUCAAAGCCGACGAGUCAUUCAGGUUAACAUGCCGUUAUCUGCCGGGUGUAUUCAUUGUCGCAUUACAUGAUAAUGACGAUGUAAGAAAUUGGGCAUGGAUGUCAUUGCAAGGAAUGACUAAGACCCUUGAUAUGAAAGAAUUUCAGAGUUGUAACUUUGCGUCAUCAAUUCACGCUAUUUUACUAAAACUUAAAGGUUUCAACAAUCCUCCUAACAAAAAUUCAAUACAAUUUAUAUUCACAAAAGAUUUGGCCAAUGCUUGGAAGGGUGUUAAGUUAAUCUUAUAUGUCAUGGAUCAAAACACAAUUCUAAAAAGUUUCUUUGAUCGUGAUUUGAACUUCAUUCAGAUACUCUGCGAAUGUCUACAAUCCUUUUCCAAUAUCAAAGAAAACAAAAAACUUGUUUUCAUCGAAAUACUUGGCUGUUUGGAAAUUCUCUUAGACAAAUUUGGAACCCAAUUUUGGUAUAUCAUAUCAUAUUCUCCUAUACCAUUUUUCCAAAGUUUGUUUACUGCACGUUUUUCUAUCAGGACAGAGCCAUUACCUCCCAGAAAGCUGCGUGAAAUUUUCAUAAAAUUUUUACUAAAAAUACGACAAACUUUUCCGGAUCAACAUAUUAUACCAUCAGAACAACUGGCUUCUGAGGAAACUAUAUUGAUGGCAAUUUUAGAUGAAAACCAGGAUGCUAUGGAAGAAAUGUAUAUUGAAUGUCAUUCAUCUUCGUACCUUGUUAAUAAUUCAAGGCUCAAUCUUCAACUGCGAGGCAGUUUGUGGAACAGUGUAAUUACAUAUAUGUUUGAAGAUCUUAUUUCAUCUGACGAAUACUGUGCAGAAAUGAAUGUGAUAUUGUUAAAAUAUAUUCGUAAAAUCAUCUUGAUGGACAUAAUAAGACCAGGACGACAUCUUGACAAAGAUCAAUUAGCUUUUUUCAACGACUCAUUAAUGAAGCUGCAAAAACUGAUUAAUAGAUUUUUAAGGAAAUUUUAUAAAGAAGAUUCGAAGAUAAUUGCAAGUGCUUUGCCAUUGAAGAAUGUUUCCUCUUCAAUUGCCUAUUUUCUCUUUUCAACAAACGAAUCAUUCAUGAUUGAAAGUUUAACACUUUUGAAGAAAUUUUAUCCUAUGAACACUUAUGUAGAAUGGGUUCAACAUUGCACAAAACCUAUUAUAGAAGGGAUAGUAGAAAUCAUUGAUACAUUCGCCAAAUGGUCUGAAUAUGAAUGUGAUACUUUUAAAUUGGCUGGAAGCAUACAGCAAAUAUUAUUGACUGUAUUUUCUCCAACUAUAUUUGGUGAUAGAGGCUUAUCGAAAAAUCAUUCAUUAUCUGAGGAUAAUAUUCAAUUGAUUUUUGGAUACUGGAAAGCUUUAUGGAAUGCGUUCACACACGUUUUCAAAAAAUAUGAUGACUUAGUUUAUGCAACUGUUCAUCAAGAAGUUAUUAUUCAAGUAUCUAAUUAUGCGGAGUUUGCAAUUGAAAUACUAAAGCAACAUUCAGUUCCAGCUUUUGGAUCUAUUAGUCCUGUUGGAUUGACAGAUCCGUGUUAUCAAACUCUAAAGUUCAUUAUUGGUUUAUUAGAAUGCAGAAAUAGUAAUCUGGUAAAACGAUUACACCAUUUAAUUUGUGACAUACUUUACGUUUUGACUAAAUAUCAAUUAACUAUAGAGAAUACUCUGUAUGUUAAAUUGAUGAGAGUUUCAAAUGAAAGUGAAAGUUACUUGAAUGGUAAAGAGCGAAAUGACUUGUAUACCGCAUUAUCCAAACACGUACCGAACGAACAUUUAAUGGAAUCGAUGUGCGAAAAUAACGAAAGUUCAUACAUGGAUACAUCUUCAUCAAACCAUUUUACGGUACCUAUAAAAGAAUAUAAAAAAGGUACCAAAUGUUUAAUUCGUGAAAAUGAGAGAGGAAGAAAAAAAGUGAAAAAA